UGCACAGCGAGGCAGACACGUGGACGACGGCAGUGACAGUGUUGAGAGCAAAAUAUUACGCUUAUAUUUGUGGUUGGAUAUUUUUUUAUUCUAAGUUUAACGAAAUGCCACAACAACGCAUUUAUCUGAAAGGUCUUUGGCUAAUGAGUCUGGUCCUGCACGUUACACAUGGUGGCAUAGCGGAUACGGGCGCAGAAUCACAAAUCAAUAUGCAGCAACCAACGGUGGAGCAGAUACAACAAAAGAAUUUUGAAAUUUUACAGGAGGCGUUGCCGCUCGGCUGGAAGGCUUUCUGCGAGGCGCCCGUUGACGAGUCUGUUAUGCUGCUGCAUAGUGGCAUAAAUCCCUGCGACGCCAGCAUACAUGUGAUGACCAUAAACAAUCAAAGCAUACAAUUACCCAUCAAAGCGAUCUCGGAGAUUGCUGACUUCGACAUUGAUCCUAAGCGCAAAACCCUACUCUACGUGAAUGCUUACUACACGGCCGAUACCUAUUUCAGCGUGCAAGCUCAUCUAAAACUCUUGCAGACGACUCGUCGUGACCUCAACAUUGUUGUUGUGGACUUUGCACGUGAUGUGCUGCAAUUGUAUUACACAGUACGGCAUCAUAUCGCCGUACAGGGUCAUUUUGUUGCAAAAAUACUCAAUGUGCUCGUACAAAAAGGUAUUGCCCCGGCAGAUGUCACCUUGGCGGGUCAUUCAGUGGGCGCAAAUAUCGCUGCAUUGGCUGCUAACAUCUACGCUAGUCAAGCGUCCCAUGCGCCCAACAAGCGUAUGGGUCAAUUAGUAGCCAUUGAUCCGGCUUUGAUGUGUCAACCCAGCGAUAUUUACGUGCAGGCCAAUGUCAGCACGCGUGUGAUUGUCAUACACGGCGAGGGCGAUGUGUUUGGCGUGCGUGAACGGCUUGGUACUAUCGACAUCUAUCCGAAUGGUAUUGGUUUCUUUUCACGUCGCAAGCUACAGCCCGGUUGUGAAACGAAGAUCUGCAGUCAUAUGUACUCGUUUGUCUUGUUUAUGGAGGCACUGAUCGAGGGUGUAAUGAUACCGGCGGUGAAAUGUGAAAGUUGGUCACACUUCCGCAAGCGUCAAUGUGAUUUUGCCGAUGCUCUAGCGAUCGGUUUGAAAUAUCCCGCAAGUGCGCAAGGUGUAUACUUUUGUCUGACCCAGCCGAAUCCGCCCUUCACGUUUAUGGAGCACGGCAUAAAGUACCAGCGUGGCUUGGCCACUGCUGCCAAGGCGAAUUCGAUUUAAGGAAAGUGGUUUAUGUUGGAGAUUUAGCUUUAAGUAGAUGAGAAUAAAAGACUAUAGUAUAAAUAAAGAUUUUGAGAUGGUCAAA